GCGGCUCAGCGCGCCUCAGCCGCAGAGCUCCGGGAUCUGCAGCACCGCCGAGCUCCGAGCCGGGCCCGGGGCUGCGGAGCCGCCGAGCCCCGCCCGCGCCGCCAUGCCGAGCUUCCUCAAGUGGCUGCUGGGGUUCCUGGCGGUCGCCGUGGUUGUCGUGGCCAUCACCGUGCCCCUGGUGCUGCUCACCCGCCAAGAGACCUCUCCAGGAAAAACGUACACUCUACAGAAUUACUUGAACAAUGACUAUAAGUACAAAACAUAUAAUUUGGAGUGGAUUUCAGGAAAUAAGUAUCUUCACAAAACAGAUAAUGGGGACAUCCUGUGUAUCAGUGCUGACGAUGGAACAUCCUCAGUAAUCCUGGCAAACACAACAUUAGAUAAGUACCAGGCAAGCACUGUUAUAGUGUCUCCUGACCAAAAGUUUGCUCUUCUGCAAUACAGCUAUACAAAGUUGUGGAGGCAUUCCUUUACAGCUUCAUAUCACAUCUAUAAUUUCAGUAGCAGUUCUAUCUUAGAUGAUGGACUACUACCUAAUGAUACACAGUAUAUAUCCUGGUCACCUGUUGGUCACAAACUGGCAUAUGUUUGGAAUAAUAAUGUUUAUGUAAAAGCUUCACCAACAGCAGAAGCUGUGCAAAUCACUCAAAAUGGAGAAGAAAACAAAAUUUUCAAUGGAAUACCAGACUGGGUUUAUGAAGAGGAAAUGUUUGGCACCCAUUCUGCUCUGUGGUGGUCUCCAAAUGGCAAUUUUUUGGCAUAUGCAUCCUUUAAUGAUAAAGAAGUUCCUGUUAUAGAGUACUCCUUUUAUUCUGAAGACACCUUGCAGUAUCCAAAGACCAUUAAAAUCCCAUAUCCCAAGGCAGGAGCUCCAAAUCCAACUGUACAAUUCUUUAUCGUGGAUACCACAUCACUUCCAGCUUCCAGCCCUGUUGAAAUUGUUCCACCUGCAGAAAUAGAAUCAAGUGAUCAUUAUUUGAGUGUUGUAACAUGGGUGACAGAUGAAAGGAUUUGUCUGCAAUGGCUCAGAAGAAUUCAGAAUUUUUCAGUCCUCACAGUCUGUGACUUUGAAAAUGCUACUUGGUCAUGUCCAAAGGAAAAACAAUUUACUGAAGAAAGUACAACUGGCUGGAUUGGCAGAUUUCAGCCAUCUGUCCCUCACUUUGCACCCGACAAUUGUUCCUACUACAAAGUCUUCAGCGACACAGCAGGUUACAAGCACAUCCAUUACAUAAAUGGCUCACAGGUUCCAGUAGCUAUUACUUCAGGAAAUUGGGAAGUAAUCAGCAUAGAAGCUGUAACCAAUAAAUUUUUAUACUACAUCAGUAACGAAAAUAAUAAAAUGCCAGGAGGAAGAAAUCUUUAUAAAGUGCUCUUGGAAAGCAGUCCAAAAUUUACUAAAUGUGUUAGCUGUAAUCUGGAUCAAGAAAGAUGCCAGUAUUAUUCUGUGUCCUUCAGCAAAGACACGCAGUAUUAUCAGCUAAAUUGUCUCGGUCCUGGCCUGCCCAUAUCUACCCUGCACAGAAGCACUGAUGAUGAAGUCCUCAGGUAUUUGGAAAAUAACACUGAACUGGAAAAUUCAUUGAAAGAUAUUCAGAUGCCUUCAAAAAAAUUUGGCUCCCUUAGUAUAGGUGGAUACAACCUGUGGUAUCAAAUGAUUCUGCCUCCCAAUUUUGAUCAAUCAAAGAAGCAUCCUCUGCUCCUUGAUGUGUAUGCAGGACCCUGUAGUCAGAAAGUGGACCAAGCCUUCCGGAUCAGCUGGGCGACCUACCUGGCGAGCACGGAGCGCGUCAUCGUGGCCAGCUUCGACGGCCGCGGCAGCGGCUACCAGGGCGAUCGAAUCAUGCACGCAAUAAACCGCAGGCUGGGAACAUAUGAAGUGGAAGAUCAGAUAGCAGCAGCCAGAGAAUUUUCUGAAAUGAGCUUUGUUGAUAAGGACAGAAUAGCUAUUUGGGGUUGGUCUUAUGGGGGAUAUGUGACCUCCAUGGUGCUUGGCUCUGGAAGCGGCGUGUUCAAGUGUGGAAUAGCGGUUGCCCCCGUGUCACGCUGGCAAUAUUAUGAUUCAAUAUACACAGAGCGAUACAUGGGCCUUCCUACAGAAAAUGAUAAUCUGAAGAACUAUAAUAGUUCAACAGUAAUGGCCAGAGCUCAGAAAUUCAAGGAAGUUGAAUAUCUCCUUAUUCAUGGAACAGCAGAUGAUAAUGUUCACUUUCAGCAAGCAGCACAGAUUUCCAAAGCUCUUGUUGAUGCUGAAGUGGAUUUUCAGGCAAUGUGGUACACUGACAAAGACCAUUCCAUCUCCGGUCAAGCACAUAAGCAUAUUUAUACCCAUAUGAGUCACUUCAUAAAGCAGUGUUUCUCACUGCACUAGCACCAGCAUUUUGCCUGUUAGUGAUGGUACUUCUCCAGAAAGCUCUCAUGAUAAUGUACUCUGAGCCAGUAUAAAUCAAGAUGAUAUAAGAGUCAGCUCUUGGGAUGCCGGUGUACACAAUGAAAUACUAAUCUUUAUAAUGAUUCCUGUUGCCAAGCAACUAUUGCAUUUUUAUUGAUUGUAUUUAAUCAGGUCUUAACAUCACCAGAAUGAUGUUGGAGACUUCUAGGAUGUAUGGUACUUGCUUGAGUAAUUACCUUUUGAAAUUUCAGUCUAAAAGAGAAGCAAUUCAGUUUGUAUAUCAGAGAAAUGAAUGAUAAAAUGUCACAUGGCGACUGGUUGCAGAAUAAAAAUAUAAUAAUGUUUCCAUCAAAAAUGAAAUGAACCCUGGGGAAAUUUCUGUGAAAAUAAUGAAGAAAUGUUUUUGCAGAAAUUUGUAAAGCUUGAUAAUUAUUAUUUUAAAAUGGGUAUCAGGAAUACUGCAAUGUUAAUAUGUGCAGAUUGAAAUACUUUAUACUGCAGUUCCUGAAGUGAGUGUGUUUUCUUUGCAAUCCCUUGUAUUACAGUUGUAGAACUCUUGCAAGUCAAGCACAUAACAAACUUUCACCAAAGAUUUUGAAUGAUACCUAAUCAAACCAAUGGCGCUGAAUUUCUUUGUGUGCUAUCAUAUCGUACUGUGAUAUUUUGCUUAUUUUAUAACAAAAACGGCUGCUACAUUGGGAAUCUGCACUGCAAAAUCUCCUCUGGGAACAAGAGCCCCAUUGUUUUAAUGUAGAAGUUGCUCAUGUACUGGUGAAUAGAAACUGGUUCUUACACUGAAACAUAAAACAUUACAAUACGAACUAGCAGUCACUUACAGCAAGGGCUGGACUGUCACUCUCCUGUGAAAAGGCUCUUUGGCUUUCCCUUAUAGCCUACCAAUAAAUAUCUGCUUUCUUUACAGCAUGCCAGGUAGGCUUCUCCAUCUAAUCUGAGGAUUAGUUUUCUUAAUUUCACAUGGAAAAAUGCAAUCCACUUGUACUAAAAAUUGUGCUGCUUUAAAAUAAUAAAGACAUUAAUUUAUGAAAGUAGGUGUAGUUCAUAUCAUUGAAAAUGUUGCUUCAGAAAAAGAACACAAGAAUUUUUUUUAAAUCCCCAUUAAUUUUGAGGAUGACUUACGGUGAAGCUUCUGAUUUUAUGUAAUGGUAUCAUGUAAUGGAGUGUGACAUGAUUAUCUAACACUUAGCUUCUUGGUAUUACAUGCCAGCAUCUGAUUAUGUCUGUAUUGUGGGUUAUUAGUGACAUUAGGUGUGAAUGUAAAAGUACUCAUGCAGACAGAUAAAGCAUGGGGAGGAAUGUUAAGACACUUUGUGCAGCUUGUCCUUAAAUGAGAAAGUCUCAAAUAGAAAAUCAGAUUUUGUUUUAGCAAACUAACAAUUCCUUGACUCACAAAAUAAGAUGGGCGGUUUUGUUCUGUUUGUUGGCAUUUUUUUGAAACGCACUGGAGCUGAGUUUUACAAAUACCAUCUUGGGUUCAAGGGAGUAGGGGCUCUAAUGUAGACUGGCACCACUGUUAAAGUUCUACAGGAUUACAGGCUGUCAGUUAUCUCCAAGAGGUUUUAUCAUCACAUCUCUCAUUCUUUUGACUCAAGGCAAAGAAACCUGUAUCAGUAUAUGGUAGAUCCCAGCAAUACAGACAGGUUAUAAAAAAAAAUUAUCAUUAUGAUAUGGCUUAUGUAUACAAGGAUUUCUUUUAAUGUUAGGAUUUCUUUUAUUGUUAUCACUCAUACUGACAUAAAAAAAGUGUUUCUGUAAGCCAGAAAACUACUUUCACUAGGCUCUCAUUAGGUAAGUGCAAGAAUUAUUAUAAUCAAAUAAACAUUUUAAAACUUAAGUGAAACUAGAAAUUAUAGGGUCUAAGUCUUUCAUUAAGAUGCAAUUCUUUACAGCUGACCUAUGUUACGAUUCUAGCAUCUCACUGGGAAACUAUUCUGUACUCUCAAUACAUCAUCCCCUUUUAACUGUCUUAUCUGCAAGGCAUUACAUAAUGCAAUGCUAAUUAUCUUUGGAAAGCAGCUUCUAAGAUAUGCUGCUAAUAGAUAAAGAUACAAAUUUUAAAACAAAAGAAAAUUUCAUUGCUAUAGUAAGCGUCCUAAUGAACAUCAAUUCAGCGUCUAAUUUUUCACUCUGAUAGAACUCCCUCAGCUCCAAAAAUAAUGCAGGCAAUAGGAUGAUAGAGCUGCCUCAGGGAACUGACAACUUUCUUGAACUGCAUGAGCACAGGUAAAUAACUUAAACUGAGGCCACAGAAAAUAUCUAGCUCGUUUCAUUAAUGUGCAAGGCUAGAAGUCAGUUGUGCCUGAAUUACUGAAACAUGCUAGUUGGUUGCACACCUACCAAUUAUGGGUUUUCUCUGUAUUUUUUUCCUAUGUGAAAUGGAUGUUUAAGUUUGUUGAACAAUACACUUUGUGUAAAAUCCUAACAGAAGCAGCAAAAGCCUGAGAUGUCACUGUUAGCAUUCUUAGGCUAGGAGACUUCUAGGCUUUGGUUUAGUAAUUGGUGAAAAAGCUCAAAAGGGAUUUAGUAAGAUGGAGUCAAUAUUAUAUGUAGUACUGUGAUUCAUGGCCUUGAAAAGUUUUUCAGUAGCAAAGAUUUAGGGUUCUGAGAAGAGCAGAAGCAUUUUAAAAUGUAUGACCUUACCUAUUGAUCUCUAAAAAGAUCUGACUACUCCUGCUUUGUCCACAUCAUCUCUCUCAGGAGGAAGGGUGACCAACUCAGGAGUAGCAAAUUGGAGCUUCAUUCCCAUUUUCUCCCAGUGAGCUCUGAGCUAUCCCCGGUGUCACACUUACUGUUAAGGUCAGACCAAGUGCAUCACCACCAACUCCACCCAGGGAGCAGCACUCACAGCCUUGCAUGUUUUACUGAGAUUCCACUUGAAAAGGGAGCCAUGCUGGGCUUUACCACUCAUUAAUUUGUGAAGCCCAUUCAGGUCCAGUAGCCAUUUCAAAUAUCACAUGGUAUUGCAAACCGCUUCUGGGUUUCGCAGUAUAAAAACAAAAUUGAAAAUUAGUUAGGAUAAAUAUUUAUUUUCACAUAACAUAUCUUAAUUGUGAAAAACACAAUAGUCUAUUCACAUGUACACAUAAACUUUUGUAAUAAAUUACAUCCAAGAAGUUGAGUAAUUUUGACCAGGAAUAUGAAAUUAGAAGUAAAUAUAGCACUACAUCUGCUUUACAUUGUGUGUGAUUUCAGAACGUUAAGAUUAGCAUUGGAAAAGCACUUAAAUUCACGCAAAACCAGAGUGUUUUAAAAUAAAACCACUCUGAAAUACUGAACAGAAAUACAGAAUGCCAUUGAAUACACUGAUUUCUUAAUAUUCUAAGAGUUGGUCAAGUGAAGCUAAUACAUUUUGAUUGUAUACAUUAUCUGUAACAAAGUCAGCAACAUGUUAAAACACCAUCAGGCUGCUUUCAGGACAAACCAGUAUUGAGCUUCUAUACUAACCUUAAAACAACUGGAAUCUUACAAUUUAUCAUCAAGUACACAAAACGAAGCAUUUAACCUUAAUGCAUCAGAAUUUUUUUCCUAAAUUUACAUAUACAAAACAUUGAAUUAGAUGUGAAUCCUUCUUCGCGUCCAUUAGUUUUUUUUCUCCAUAAAAAUGCUUUUAAUGGGCUUUGAUAAUGCUAAGGUAAAUUUAGAACAGUGACCCUAUUAAGUUUGCAGCAAAAUGCAAUUAUUUAUGGCUAAAGUAUUAAAACAUACACACUCACAUACACAAAAACAUUGGAAUACUUUAAAUGUGCUGAAUGGGAAAACUUGUUCAUGAGGUGUAUAGAAAAUUAGCAUAUUUGGGAAAGCUGGGGAGUGUUAGAGCCCUAUGGAUGAGUUCUUACAAAGAUUGCAAGACUAAAAUUCUUAUUUUUAGGAUUCAAAGUUACAGCAUAAUACUGAUAGUUUGCUUUCAUUUUAAUAAUUUAAAAAUUUAUCUUAAAAAAUUUAAAAAUCAGUGAACUCGAAAUAACACAAUAGAACUUUAGCUCCACAUCCCUAUUCAUUCAAUACCUAAUCUUGUAGUCUUUUACACAAAAGAACAGCUUGAAGGAUUAGGCAAUAACAUCCAUUACAAAAAAUGUAAUAGCCUUAUAGCCACAUUUUACUUUGCAAUGUUGUUUUUAUCUUUUAAUCAAUAUGUACUUGAUGGAA